GUGUAAUGACGUAAUCACUCAUGGAAAAAGCAUAAAAUAUGGCCGAACUCACUUUGACGUUAUCACGACACUCGAAGGAUGUAAACUGUUGUGUAUUUUCACCAAACAGUAGCAUUCUAGUGUCAGGAUCUAGUGAUAAAACAGUAAGGCUAUGGGACAUUCCUGAAGGCACGGAAUUAAAUGAUUCUCCCUUGCAGGGACACAGUUAUCAUGUUUGUAGUUGUGCUUUCUCUCCUUUUGGUACCCUUCUUGCUACCGCAUCAACGGAUUGUUCAGUCUGGUUAUGGGAUACAAGAACUUAUGAGAAAAUAACUGCUUUGGAAGGUCAUCGUGGAGCUGUAAGAUCUUGUGUAUUUUCGCCAGAUUCGUUGCUGCUAAUGUCUGGUUCAGCUGACGAGACAGUAUGUUUAUGGAGUACUAAAACAAAGAAACUAGUACGGCGUAUUGAAGGUUUUGAAAGCAGUGUGAUGACAUGUUCUUUUACUCCCGAUAAUCUUUACAUUCUCGCCGGUGUGAGCAAUGGUGAAGUAAGUUUAUGGGAAGUACAAAGUGGUGUUUGCAAAGCGUUUGAUAAAGAAGCAAAUGACAUGGGUGUAAAUACGUGCUGUUUUUCUCCAACUUUUGGCUCUGCAGGUCCAUGUAACACAGAUACCAGUGGUAGUUCUCCUCAUUUUCUUCUGGUAACAGGUGGAGGCGACAAUUUGGUGAAGCUCUGGAAUAUUUUCACUGCAUCUGCAUAUUCAGACAAGUGUCAUAUUGGUCACCGAGCUACUCUUGUUGCCCAUGAAGCUCCUGUUUGGGAAUGUACUUUCUCAAAUAAUGGAAAGCUUUUGGCUUCAUGUUCAGGCGAUAAAACAGUUAUCAUUUGGAAUCCUCUUGAAGGAACACCAUUACACAGAGUUUUUGCACAUUCCAGAUAUGUGACCUGUUGUGCAUUUUCACCAGAUGGCCAGUACUUAGCAAGUGGUUCUAAUGACAGAACUGUAAAAGUUUGGAAGUUAAAUCUUUCUGAAACAUCGGCUGGACUGAUUGAAAGUGGAAACAUGGUGAAGAAUCUUACUAAAAAUGACACUUACUGCACUACAACAUCAGAACCAAAGGCUGCUGUGAAGAAAUUAGUGGCGUGGACAGUAGAUGAUGUUUGUAUUUGGUUAACGAAUCUAAAUCUCGAACUGUAUUGUGAAAGAUUUCGCGAGAACGCAAUCGAUGGGACGGAACUUUUUAACAUCACAGCAGAGCUUUUAGUGAAUGAUUUAUGUAUUGGUCCUGUGGGUCAUCGCAAUAAGAUUCUGCGCAGUGUGAAAGACUUAAAGAAGAACGAACUUGAUGAUAACAUUCCAGAUGAAUUUCUUUGUCCGAUAACUCGCGAAGUUAUGAUUGAUCCUGUUAUUGCUGCAGAUGGUCAUUCCUAUGAACGAAAAGCAAUUGAGUCGUGGAUGUUGUCUGGUAAAUUGACAAGUCCCAUGACCAAUAAGCCGAUAAAACAUUCAAAUCUCAUUUCCAAUACUACGUUAAAAAGUGUUAUAUCAAGGUACUUUAGUGCAGAGAAUGUUAUAUGAUAGGAACAAUUGUUCAAUGAAUUAAUGGAUAUAAUUUAAUAUUGAAUAUAACCAUUUAUAUGAUUGAAAACUGCUUAACGUUUCAUGAAUAAUAUGAAUAUGAAAAGCUGUUAUUAACUGUAAUAAAUUAUAGAUAGGGAAUUCCAUUUAUAGAUACCUUGGAGUUAAUCUGCCAUGAGUUAUGAUCAUAAUGUCGAUCAUAAUUUACUGCAAUAUAGCAUGACACUGCUUUAUACUAGAUGCUUAUAGAAUAACUUAUAAAUCUACAUCAUAUAUGUUCAGAAUUGAGUGAAUGUAACCAUUAUACAAGAUUGUUUUCAGCAAAAUAUACAUAUGAAAAAUCAUGUAAUAUGUUAGAUAUAUUUCUUAGUCGUAAUUGAAACACGAAUAAAAUGUUCUUGACUCGAUCGA